UGUAAGGCUGCUGCUGCGUGCUCUUGCCCUAUACAAGUAAAGGAGGGGGAGAGAGAGAGAGAGCGAGCUAGCUAGCAUGGAUGAGAAUAAUGAAGCAGGAGGAAGAGACGAGAAAGCGGAAAAAAACCAAAAUCAAACGGAAGCUGGAGGAGGAGGAGCUUCCAAACGUAAAUCAUGCAAAGGAUGUCUCUAUUACUCUUCCAUUCUCAAAUCCAAGGGCAUCAAUCCUCGCUGCAUCGGCAUCCCUCGCACCCUCCAUCAAGUUCCCAAUUAUAUUGUCGGACAAUCUGCAGUUGAAGCUUCUAUAGAGGGUCGGACUCUUGCAGGUUUUUAUUAUGCUUGUGCUGGGUACUCGGUGUAUAUCAGCAAAGAUCAUUCUACUGAUAACCAAAAGCAAGUGACAAAAACAGAACUGCCAGUCUGUGUGGGAUUUGAGUUUCUAGCGUAUAGAAGAGCUGCUACUUCUGAUAAUGCAUCUGCUCCAGCUCAUGCCCAUGGUAGAGAAGAUGGCCUUGAAAUUCAUCAGCCUCGAACGCCAAAGCCGACCCAUUCUGCAGGAGAUGACUUCCUGAGCAGGUAUACAAGGAACGCAAACCUUGUUGCAUCAGGGGUGGCCAGGAAUAUGCGAAAAGUAGGGAAUUACAUAAAAGAGAACGUGGAUGAUAUUUUAUACCCAUAUCGAAAGCGACCAAAGUAAGGGUGUAAGUUCUGGAUACCUGAAGAGAAUAGGUAGAUGAAGUAGAAUCAAGCUUCACCUGCUAUUUGCAUUUAAUUAUAUAAGUUUCCCCGAACACCACUUUCAUAUUCAGUGGCUCUUAUCAAUGGAAUGCGGGGCAAGUGGUACAGGGAGAUGUUUUACUGUUCAUUCACAAAAGCAAGAUAUUAUGGUUAAUUUGGGGGGGGGGACAAGUUUGGGACAAGUUUUGUAUAAAAUACAUGAUCAUGCAAGCAAAUUGUUCUUUGCCUGAUGAGCAGUACUGCACCCUUACGUGCCUGGAAUUUUAAAAAGGUUAAUGACAAACUUUUUCAUUAGUCGCAAA